AUGGCGACACCUGUUUUCGAAUAUGGUAAUAAUCUUGAAACAAUCUGUCUUGUUUGGCUUGAUGCAGUGGUAAAUACAUCCCAAGAUAAUAUCAAUGCUCAACAACAAUUUCGUCAGAUUAUCAAUCAUUUAGAAACAUUUCAAAAUGUUCAAGAUUGUAAACAAUAUUUACAACAAACAUCAAAUGAUGAUCGAAUUUUUUUAAUUGUUAGUGGUCGAUUAGGUCAUGAAAUCGUACCUCAAGUUCAUUCAUAUCGACAAAUUUCUUCAAUUUAUGUUUAUUGUAUGGAUAAAAAAAGAAAUGAAGAAUGGGCAAAACAUUUUACAAAGGUAAAAGGAGUGUUUAUUAGAUUCGAUCAACUAAAACAACAAAUUCAAUCAGAACAAUUAAAACGAAUAGAAAACAAAGUUGAUGAACCAUUUCUAAUGACUAUGACUAAAUUAAAUGAUAUGAUAGAUAAAUCUACAAAUGAAUUGAAUGGUGAAUUUCUUCAGUCUCAGUUAUUAAUAGAUUGUCUUGUACGAAUGAAACCAAAUUUAACUGAUAAAACUGAACUUAUUAAUAUAUGUAAAAAUAUUUAUGCAAAUAAUCUUAAUGAAUUAAAUUUAGUUAAAGAAUUCGAAGAUAAUUAUCGACUCAAUCAAGCAAUAUGGUGGUAUACAAGAGAAUCUUUUCUUUAUCGUUUAUUAAAUAAAGCAUUACGUAUUAAUAAUAUAGAUUUAUUAUUUCUUUUUCGUUUUUUUAUUCGUGAUAUUCAACAACAAUUAAAACGAUGUCAAUGUUUAUUACCUGUUCGUGUUUAUCGUGCACAAUUAAUGUCAACAGAUGAAUUAGAUCAACUAACAAAUUCUCUCGGAGAGUAUAUAUCAGUAAAUUCGUUUUUUUCUACAAGUUUAAAUCGUCAAAAAGCAAUAAAAUUUUUAAGAGAUGAUUCAUUUUCAAGUGAUUUACAAAAAGUAUUAUUUGAAAUUGAUGCUAAUUCUGAAUCCGAUUAUUCUAAAGUAUAUUCAAAUAUAAGUUCAAUGAGUUAUUAUUCAAAUGAACAAGAAGUUUUAUUUACAUUAGGUUCAAUAUUUCGUUUAUUAAAUAUAAAACAAGAAAGCAAUGGUUUAUGGGUUAUUCAAAUGAUUUUAUCGAAUCAUAAUGAUGAGAAUAUAAAAAUUCUUUUUAAUAAUAUUAAAGAUGAAUAUAGUGGAAUUAAUAAUGAAACAAGUCUUCUUUCAUUUGGAAAUAUUCUACAUCAAAUGGGUAAAUACGAUCUAGCAGAAAAAUAUUUCCAUCGAUUAAUUAAUGAAUUACCAAAUGAUCAUGAGGAUAUUUCAAAAUGUUAUCAUGCACUUGGAGUUUUAGCUUUACUUAAAGAUAAUUAUGAUGUAAGUCUUAAUUGGCAUGAAAAAUCUAUUGAAAAAUUAAAAUCAAAUGAUGUACAUUUAGCUGAUAAUUAUAAUUGUAUUGGUUGUAUUUAUCAAAAAAAAGAAGAUUUUCCACAAGCAUUAGAUUAUUAUAAUAAAGCUUUAAAUAUAUGGACAAAUACAUAUGGUGAAGAUUAUUAUAAAAUAGCUGAUUGUUUAAAUAAUAUGGGUUGUGUUUAUGAAAUUGAAAAGAAUUAUUUAAAAGCUUUAGAAUAUCAUCAAAAAUCAUUAUCAAUACGUCAAAAAUGUUUACCUAAAUAUCAUUCUGAUCUUGGUGCAUCUUAUAAUAACAUUGGAAAUAUUUAUCUUCGUCUUGAACAAUAUGAUUUAGCUUUAGAAAAUUAUAAAUCUUCAUAUGAAAUCAAACUAAAAUCACUUCCAUCUCAACAUAUAUCAUUAGCAGCAACAUUAGAAAAUAUUGCACUUGUAUAUGAGCAAAAACACUUAUAUGAACAAGCUCUUUCAUAUUAUAAAAAAGUAGCGACGAUUUUUCAUAAAACAUAUUCAUCUACACAUAAUUCUGUUAUUCAAAUUGAACAAGAUAUACAACGUGUUUCAUCAUUAAUAAAUUCUCAAAUGUUAACAGCCGUUUUUUAA